AUGGGGAUUGUUGACGGAUAUAGCUCAAGUUCUGAUUCGGAAAAUCCAAAUGAAACUCCAUUAUUAAACAAUGUGAAUGGGACCCCUCGCAAUCCAGUUAUACCAAAAAGAAGACAUCACUUUACAAAAAGUGAGUUGAAGAAGAGAAAACAGGCCAGGAAAAUUAAUAGUCCCUGGGGAUCCUGGAGCAGUGAUGAUGAAGAUAAAAAUCAAAUCAGCGACGGUUCUAUUGGAGAUUGGGAUAACGACAAAAUUAAUACCGAGGACGAUAAUUCAGAGGUAGAAUGUAUUGGUGAAUCAGAGACAUCUCAGUUUUAUGGUAAAUCUGAGAAAGAUUAUCGGGGUCGAAGUAACUUAUUACAACCACCGCUAGAUAUAGAUAUAGCUUUGGAUAAACCCCAGCUUUCUUUCAAGACUUAUCUUCCAAAAAAGGUUAAAUAUACUUUUGAGGGUCAUAAAAAUGGUACAACAAGUUUAAAGUUUCUUCCUCAUACAGGUCAUUUAUUUUUGUCAGGGGGUAAUGAUAAUAAGAUCAAAUUAUGGGAUUUUUAUCACCGGAGAAAUUGUUUACGGGAUUAUCAAGGACAUUCCCAAUCAAUAAAUUCGUUAGAUUUUGUAAAUGAUGGUACGUCAUUCAUAAGUAGUUCUUAUGAUAAAACAGUAAAAAUUUGGGAUACCGAAAGGGGGUCUGUCUUGAAGAGACUUCGUUAUAAAGAUGGUGUCAGUUGCUGUCAAUUUCGUCCUACGGGAACCAACGAAUUUAUAAUUGGUCUUUCAGAUUCUAGAAUUUUGCAUUAUGAUACACGUGUAACUUCAAAGAAUGGACUUAUUCAAACGUACGAUCAUCAUAUUGGGGGUAUUUUAGAUGUUAAAUACUUUCAAGAUGGAUCUAAGUUUAUAUCGUCUUCUGAAGAUAAGACCGUGAUGAUUUGGGAUAAUGGAGUUAAUAUUCCUAUAAAAAAUAUAAGUGAUACUGCACAAUAUUCUAUGCCUGUUAUCAAUACACACCCGACUCAAAAAUACUUUUGCACACAAAGUAUGGAUAAUGCUAUAUAUACGUAUAACAUGAAACCAAAAUUUAGGAAGCUUCCGAAUAAAGUUUUCAAAGGGCAGAAAUCUGUAGGUUACGCAAUAGGGUUUACUUUCUCGCCAGACGGUCAUUACAUAUGUUCUGGGGAUAGCAGAAGCAAGGUUCUGUUGUGGGAUUGGACCACAUCGAAGCUUCUGAAAGAGAUAUCAAUCCCUGGAAAAUCUCCCAUUUCUCAGGUUGAAUGGCACCCACAGGAGACCAGUAAAGUAAUAUGUUCCGGACCUGCAGGUAAAAUAUAUUUACUUGAUUAG